AGUAGCUCUCAGCCAAUCAGCUUUUGCAAAGCGUCCUAAGCUGACGUCAGCCCGGUACCGAUGAACAACCGGUAGCGUUGAAGAGAGAGCUGAAUGGUAGCCCGUUGUUUGUAGCUUUGUGUUAAUAACCCCCCCUAUAUCAAACACCAUGCCUUUCGAUGUUAGGAGAUUCGAUAUCUACAGGAAAGUGCCAAAAGAUCUCACCCAGCCCACAUACACGGGAGCUUGCAUUUCCAUCCUCUGCUGUGUCUUCAUACUCUUCCUGUUCCUGUCUGAGCUAACGGGAUUCAUAGCCACAGAAAUUGUAAAUGAACUGUAUGUGGAUGAUCCCGAUAAAGAGAGUGGUGGGAAGAUAGAAGUGAGUUUAAACAUCAGUUUGCCAAACUUACACUGUGAUUUGGUGGGUUUGGACAUCCAGGAUGAGAUGGGCCGCCACGAGGUCGGUCACAUAGACAACUCCAUGAAGAUCCCUCUCAACCAGGGUGAUGGCUGUCGCUUUGAGGGAGAGUUCACCAUCAACAAAGUACCUGGAAACUUCCAUGUGUCGACACACAGCGCUACAGCGCAGCCCCAGAGCCCAGACAUGACCCACAAUAUCCACAAGCUGGCCUUUGGAGAAAAGCUCCAGGUACAGAAAGUACAAGGAGCCUUCAAUGCGUUAGGAGGGGCUAACAGGCUGUCAUCUAAUCCUCUGGCUUCCCAUGACUACAUUCUGAAGAUUGUUCCAACAGUGUAUGAAGACCUAUCAGGCAAACAGAGGUUCUCCUACCAGUACACUGUAGCCAACAAGGAGUACGUCGCUUACAGCCACACGGGCAGGAUCAUCCCGGCCAUCUGGUUCCGAUACGACCUCAGUCCAAUCACAGUCAAGUACACAGAGAGGAGACAGCCCGUCUAUCGCUUCAUCACAACAAUCUGUGCCAUCGUCGGCGGGACGUUCACAGUCGCAGGAAUCAUCGACUCCUGUAUAUUCACCGCUUCAGAGGCCUGGAAGAAGAUCCAGAUAGGGAAAAUGUCAUGAGGACUGCUCCCCAUUCCUCCUCUCAUCUUAUUUAUAAGUUGCUAGCCCGUUAGCUAAAUCCAAUCCUACUCGAAGCCACUUCCUUUUGGAGAUUGUAUCAGCGCGACCAAUGAAGUGGCUCCUGCGGCACACGAUCUAACUACCAGGCUACACGGCUACGUCUCAGUUACUUAAGCUCCUCUCAGGCUCCGUCUGCUCUGGUGACGCGUGGACGCUGACUAUCUCAUGUCUGCUUCCUCCGUCUUCAGUGUCAAGAGAGGAGAGGGGAAGCUCUUUUGUUACUGUGGGGAUGAAGUACUGUGUGUCAGGGUUCAACCAGUCAGUAUGGGUAUUCGAAAGGCUGCACUAGAUUUUUUUUCUUUUAGAAUGAAGUAAAAAAACAAAAAGCUGAUAUUCACAUUUUUUAAAUUUGACACAAAUAUCCACAUAUAUUCAAUCGUAGGGAAGUUAACAAAACAUGAAAUACAUUUUUUUUAAAAAGGGUCAUUUCAGCCAGUUCAACCAGAAUAUCGGUCUGACCAUACUGUUUUAUUGUUCCCAAUACAGCAAAAGGGGAAUGAUCCUUUGAAGGAAGUGUUCUGGUUUAUAAGCCUGUGCUGUUUAUAAGACUGGACUAUAAUUCACACGGUCCAUAAAACUACAUUUUGAAUCAGUAUGCUGACGUUAUUAUUUCCAUCUCAUUUUAUCUCCUGUAUUUCAAACUGUGUGCCUUUUUAUAGGUUUUCUCUUCCACCCUCAUGUGUUCUCUCAUGGCUGCCACUAAAACCAGUUCAUUGCAUGUUACAAUUUAAUUUGUAGAUUCACUUUUUUCAAUCCAUCAUUCAUCAUUCUACCUUUCAGUCAAUUUAUACCAAAUAUUUCAUUAACACUGUUAAAGAUCCUAGUUUUGACUUUUUUCCAUUCCAUUUGAAUUAUUGCAAAAAUAUAGUGAAUGUCUUGUUUUUUUCUAAGAGAUAAAUUGAUUUACUUUCUUUUUUUUUUACACGGUACGUGAGCUUGUUUACUCAUUGGGUUUCUACGAAGUUGUAAUCUGUUUUUGUAAGGAGAGAACUUGUAGGUUGUUUUUCUUUCUUUUAUACUACCUGAUCAAGGACGGGGAUAAUCAAACGCCAUCAGAAACCGAUCUUUCUACUGUUAAGGUCAUCCACUUCCUGUUCCGUCUCAAAUUACUCUGUAAUGCUAUGUGUUCCUCAAUUAAAGGUGCCAUAGGAAUCA